UUCCCGCCAUUUUAUUUCUAUUUCUCCGCACAAGUUCGCACAACGCGGUACGACAUAUAAUAUUCAUUAUAUCACUAUUCAUCGGCAACUAUGAGUGUUAAACAUUGCGAAUUGCCGUAUUAUGUAGAAUAUUCUAAAAGCGGGCGUGCCAAAUGUAAGGCGUGCAAAAGUGACAUUACGCAAGGAAGUUUGAGAAUCGCCGCAAUGGUACAAAGUCCGUUCCAUGAUGGGAAAAUACCUCAUUGGUAUCACUCUAAUUGUUUUUUUCUGAAGCAACGCCCCAAAACAACAGGUGAUAUUGCUAAUUUUGAUGGAAUUCGAUGGGAGGAUCAAGAAGUUGUUGCAAAGGAGCUUGAAAAUGUUUCAAAUACGGCACCUACUAGAGGAAAGAAGCGAUCUGAUGCUCCAUUAUCUGGAGCUUUGAAAGACUUUAAAGUUGAGUAUGCCAAAUCUAACCGAGCCAUGUGUCGUGGCUGUGAAGAAACCAUUAUCAAAAAUGAGGUCAGAAUAUCAAAAAAGGAUUAUGAGAGUGAAAAUGCCAGAGCCUACGGUGGUCAAGAUAGAUGGUACCAUGUCCAAUGCUUUUCAAAGCUCAGAAAAGAGUUGCAAUUCUUCGAAACUGGUAAAAAGCUUCCUGGUUUUGAAGGACUGAAUAAGGAAGACCAAGAAACCCUGAAAAAAAGUUUAACGAAGAUUAAAGAAGAUGCUCCACCGACAAAGAAACUUAAGUCUGAGCCUUCUGAUCCUGAGGAAGAAGAAGAGCUGAAGUUACAAAAUCAGAUAAUUUUCAGCCUUAGAGACAAGUUAUCUGCACUUCCUAAACGUGCUCUUAUCUCUUUGUUAGAAACUAACGAACAAAAACUUCCCGAAGGAAUCUCCAACAUGUUAGAUGCAAUCUCGGAUGCAAUGACUUUUGGAGUUUUAAACCCAUGCCCAAAAUGCCAAGGGCAAUUGGUUUACAAAUCUGGGCUUGGUUAUAUGUGCACUGGUGAUAUAACAGAGUGGACAAAAUGUGAAUAUGUGACACAAGAUCCAAAACGAUCAAAAUUCGUAGUACCUGCUGUCCUUAAAGAGGAGCAUCCUUUUCUCAAAGCAUACAAAUCUAAGGUGAAGAGAAAGCUGAUUCGUAUCACAGCACCUACCACAUCAUCUUCUGUUAAAAAAGAAGACGAAGUAGACAGUGGUCCAAAAAUUCAAGGGAAACCAAAACCGUUGAAAAAUAUGGAGUUUCUUCUAGUAGGCAAAACACAGAGAGACAAAGAAGAGCUGAAGAAAGAGAUAUUGCUCUUGGGGGGCAAACUUGUUACAAAAAUUCACAAAAAUUUGGCUGCCUGCAUUUCUAAUCCGACGGAAGUUGAAAAAAUGAACAAACGAAUGCAAGAAAUUAAGGAGGCUGACAUACAAGUGGUUUCAGAAGACUUUAUUGACGAAGCCAAAGAAUUUGAUAAACCAGCCAUUAUGCUUAUUAAUAAAAAAAACAUAUGCACAUGGGGCGGAGAUCCAAGUUUACGAAUUGCAACAGUAGUGGAAAAAUCAAAGUCCAGGGGUAAAAGUCAGUUUGAAAAGUCUGUGUCUGGAAAGAUCAAGAUGCGCGUGAAAGGUGGAGGAGCAGUUGAUCCCGAUAGCGGGCUAGAAGAUAAGGCUCAUAUUUACCAAAGUGGUCAGGAUAAGUAUACAGUAACCCUCGGAAUAACUGACAUACAAUCAAAGAAAAACAGUUACUACAAGUUACAAGUUCUGAAAGAUGAUAAUCUGAAAAAAUACUGGUUAUUUCGGAGCUGGGGAAGAAUCGGCACAUCUAUUGGAGGCACAAAGUUGGAAAACCUUGGACUGCAAGAGUGUAUAGAGCAAUUUGAAUUUUUAUAUGAGGAAAAGUCGGGUAACAAAUGGAGUCGUCGUGACAACUUUGUUAAAGUUCCGUCUAAGAUGUACCCAAUUGAUGUAGACUACGGGGAGGAUGAUGAAACAAAGAAUAAAUUCAUGGAAUCAGAGAUAAAGAGUAACCUGAAAAGACCGCUACAAGAUUUGAUUAAACUUAUUUUCGACGUUGACACAAUGAGAAAAGUAAUGUUGGAAUUCGAAAUAGAUUUGGCUAAAAUGCCACUGGGUAAAUUGUCAAAAAAACAAAUCGAUAAGGCUUACAAAGUGCUAAGCGAACUGCAAGAAUUCAUAAGAACCGGCGGGGUCGACCGUUGUAAAUUUGUGGAUGCCUCGAAUAGGUUUUACACGCUCAUACCACAUGAUUUCGGAGUAUCAGAUCCGAUAAUUUUGGAAAACGAGGAGCAAAUCAAAUCCAAGUCGGAGAUGUUGGAUUCUUUACUGGAGCUAGAAAUUGCCUACAACUUAUUAAAUGCGAAAACAGAUGAAUCUAAGAAUCCUAUCGACGCCCAUUAUGAACAAUUGAAUACAGAGAUUGACAUCCUUGAUGUAGAAACAAAUGAAUUCAAAUUAAUUGAACGUUACGUAAAGAAUACUCACGCAUCAACUCAUUCUCAUUACGAGCUGGAGAUAGAUCAAGUAUUUGUGGUAAAACGCAAAGGCGAGGACAAGCGUUAUAAGCCAUUUAAGAAGCUACCAAAUAGAAAGCUCCUAUGGCAUGGAUCCAGAACUACAAAUUACGCCGGUAUACUGUCCCAGGGUUUGAGAAUUGCCCCACCCGAAGCACCUGUCUCCGGUUACAUGUUUGGUAAAGGCAUAUACUUUGCUGAUAUGGUAUCAAAAUCUGCGAACUAUUGCUGCACUAACAGACAAAAUCCGACUGGAUUGUUGCUGCUGUGCGAGGUAGCUCUGGGCAAUACCUAUGAGCGGCACGCAGCGGAUUACAUUGAAAAAUUGCCAAAAGGUAAACAUUCUACACUGGGUUUGGGUCAGACGCGUCCAGACCCAGAUGAUGUCCACGUUACAAGCGAUGGAGUUCAUGUGCCAUACGGAAAGCCAGUACCAGCUAAGCUUUCAAAGUCAACCUGUCUCUUGUACAACGAAUAUAUUGUAUAUGAUGUGGCCCAAGUUCAAGUACAAUAUUUGGUCAGAACUCAUUUCCAGUAUAAAUUAUAAGCCGAAAUACCACACAAGCCAUUUGAAGAGGCCAGACUUCCAAAUAAGGCCUACCGAUUUAAUAAUUAAAUAAGCGUAAUAAUAAGUUGUAUUUCUUAUUUCUAUUCGUUUUUAUUUUCUAUACUUUGAGCACAGGUAUAAACCCAGGACAUCAGUCCAACCCUGAUGCAAUUGUUUUUCUCACUAAUUGCGCAGCUGAGUAUGAGUCAAGUCUAGACCCAAGCUACAACCUGAAGAUUGGGAUAUAACAAAUUACAUUUCAAAUACAUCUAAGUAUACAUUGAAGUGCUAUUGUCAUGGGACACUCCACCUUGAAAAAUAUUACCAGGUUUUUCGUUUGUAAUAAUAAAUAACUGAAGGGAGUCCAUUGACGAAAUUCAAAACGUGAG